AUGUUUGCUGAGGUUAAAAGGUUUUUCUCAGCCCAAACUGAGACUAUUCUGUAUUUUUUCCCCCAGAUGAAGCUGUCUGUGUUGUUGCUGUCAGCUCUGCUGGCUCUGUCCUCAGCCAGUCUGAAGGACAUCAUGAAGAAAAGUGCACAGCACAGAAAAGGUGAAGAUUUCAGUAGGUUUUUGUGUGGUGAUUGGAUAAAACUGGUCACUCUUGAUGGUUUGAUGAAGCAGUAUUUUCCUCCACAGCUCCCUUGCUGAACCCUGAGCUGGAGGACCUGGUCCCUGAACCUACGGGUAACCAUGUGGUGUGGGCUCCUCUGGCCCCUGCAGACCUGGAGCAGCAGGACAGUCUUCCGGACUCCCUCUUGUUUGGUGAUAACGUAAACCUGGAGUGGCUGAGCUGGGAUGGUGCUCUGCCAAAUGGAGUUGUCGCUAUUUACAAUGGUUACACGGAGCGCACUGACUAUGUCUGCAAGUACAAGUGUGAGGCUGGCUUCUACAACCCCAGCCUGGGUCCCUACUGCCGCUACCCUUACGGAGACCGCGAGUACUAUGCCCCUGAGUUCGAGAUCCUGGCCAACAAGGAUAACUUUGAGUUCCUGGAGUGGAAGGAGGACUCUUACGGUUCAGUCCCCAAACACGCGGUCAGGACCUGCCCAGGUGUCGGCAUCUAUGUGGGCAAGAACAAGUAUGGCCUGGGGAAGGUCGUCUCCCAGUUUGAGGCCUUUUUCCUGCCCUGGGAGGGGGAUGAGUACUGGUACAAGAAAUACCAGGUCCUGAGCAUCAACAGGGAUGCUUACACCCAGCACAUCUCUGACGUUAAGUACAUCAUCGAUGAGGUCGCCAUCUUCCAGUAUCCUCCUGAGACCAUGCGCAUCUCUGGGGUCACCAACAACGAAUGCCAAACUGUGUCCAAGACCGUGACCAUCUCAAAAACCACAGAGGUGGAGACAACCUGGAACAUCGGUAGAGCCACCAUGUUGGGGAUCGCCGGCAGCAUCACAGCAAAAAUCCCCUUCAUCGGCGAGGGAGGUGUGGAGCUGAGUGGUGAGAAGACGCUGCAGUUCUCCAGAGGAACCACAGUGACGGAAGCCCUGAGCCACUCUGUGUCUGUGGAGCUCACUGUCCCUGCAAACCACUAUUGCCGAGUCCGCAUGGAGGGGCGCAAGGUAAAAGCUGACAUCCCAUACACAGCCCGCCUCAGCCGCACAUACCGCAAUGGAGAGACCCAGUGGACCACCAUCACUGGGAAGUACGAUGGAGUCCAGAUCGGAGAAGUCCGGGCCGUCGUGGACCGCUGUGAGCCAGUGGCUGACGCCCAGCCGUGUCAAUGA